UAGUUCACCAAUAGGAUUGAUCAAUCCCAUAAGACGUACAUACGCCAAUUCUUGAGCCAAGGUCAAGUGAUGCUUACGUCACCUGCAGACCUCGACGGCUUGUUUACCAUUUACGCUGUGCGGUAUUGCUUGUGUUUUUGUUAAUUCGAAAAGGUCGUACAAGUGAUUGAAGAGUUGGAAAUUCGUUUUUUACUUAGUUCUACGUUUUAAAAACUAUUAUUUGUGUGUAUUAUAUAUGUGGAGAAUAGUGAACAAAGACAAUAUUAUUGUUUAAGGCAAAAUAAUCUUGUGAGACUUUCAAGGGUAGGUAAAAAUGUUUUGUUAUAUUAAAGCUGGAUUUAAAUAGCAAAAUAAAAAUUAAAAUCCAAGUCAGUUACUGGCUGAAAGAAAACCAGCUGAGCAGAAAUGACAAUUUAAUUGGCUUAUUUAAAUUUCUAUUCUUUAUACACCACAAUAAAAAAUUAAAAAAAUGGGCGAAUCAUAACAGCGUUUUUGGUCGGUUGGUUUGCAUUUGUCCAGCAACUAAUCUAGAUUUUUAUUUUACUUUUUUUUGCUAAAUGAAACUUUGUUUGUUUGAUUUUAGUGCAUGUAGUAUAUGUCCAAAAAUCAAAAUGCCUGGUACACGUUGUGCUGUGUAUGGUUGUGGUAAUACCUAUAAAACAAGGCAGCAAGAACAUGAAUAUUUUAUAUUUCAUCGGUUUCCCAAAGCUAAAGAUCUUGUUUCCCAAACUAUGAGAAAAGAAUGGAUAUUACGAUGCAAACGGGAAGAUAAAUUUAACCCUGAUACUAGCUACAUCUGCUCAGUUCAUUUCACAGAAAAGGAUUAUGAAAGAGACUUACAGAAUGAAUUAUUAGGUUUACCACUACGAAAAAUAUUGAAAAAAACCGCUGUUCCUACUUUGGGAUUGUAUUCAAAAAAAUCAACAACUGAAGCUAGUAGUUCAAGCAUCAGUUCCAGAGAAGAAAGACUGGCCAAACGAAAUGCAAAGGAGGAAGUGAACAAACUUUUAAAAGUAGCCACGUUAACAGCUCCUAUUAAUACUUUUUCUGAUGAUACCGAAGACCAUAAUCCUAAAUCUUUUGGAAGUAUUCAGUUUGAAGAGCAUGUACCAGAGCCUUCCACUUCAUCAACCCCCAACUUUGUCCCAGAAAUUUCAUUUGUUUUUACUUUUUAAUUUUUAGUUUAAAGUUUGUUAAUGGCUUCUGUUUUACUAAUUAUAAAAUACAGAUCAUUUUAAAAAAUAAUUCAUUUUCUUUAAUUUCUUUUCUUCAUUGUAUACCUAUUAUAAAUGGAACUUAAAAUUAACUGAAUAAUUGGAAAUUGGAUUUUAAAUUAAUAUUAAUUCAUAAUAAUGAAUAAAACUUAAAAAAAUAACUGUAUUUUUGUUAAAAUUGGCCUUUAAACUCAUCAAAUAGUCUAGC